GACCAACAUGGGGCGCUGUGUUUGAAAGUCAGACAGGAUCAACUUCCGGUUUAUUGACCAAUUAGAAGCGACGGAGGAAGUUUUGAACUGAACAUUCUGGACGAUACGAGAGUUGCUAUUUCAUUUGUGACAUUUGAGUGUUUUUCUGAUUGUCUGUUUACUGUCUGUUGGAGCUGCACGGAUGGAGGAGCAGCCUGCCUGUAGACAGUCAGCUGGUGUGGGUGAGGCCCAUGACAGCAGCAGGCUCCUGGAUCAGGAGGCCGGGGUCCUCCAGGUCAGCGAGUACUGCAAAGACCUCCUGAUGAGGGGGCAGGAGGAGAUGAGCGUGGAGGAGCUGCGGGCUGAGAGAUACUUUGAGCUGAAGAAGAAGAAGAUGCAGGAGAAGCUACUACAUCUUAAGGAGGAAGAGGAGCAGCUCAGGCAGGAGCUGGAGAAGAAGAGGCUGCAGCUCAAUGUCAGUCAGAAUAGGAACUCCUCUGAACCUGCCGCCUCUGAAUCCUUCGUCAUUAAUGAGAGUGCUGCAGAAAACCCUGCUGGGAAGUCUGAGGCCUCUUCAAGCAAGCGGCCCAAUGACCUCGUCCUGAAAGUGGAUGAACAGAGACUCUGCUUGAAUAUCCAGUGUCCAGGACUUCCAGUGGAUUUAAAGAAGUCUGAGCCCCUGACCACCUCCAAACCACGAGAGAACCUGAGCCCCAUCGAGGAGACCAGUGUGGAGUCCCUGCCCUCUGGAGGCUGCAGUCCUCUAGAUCACGCCACACAGGUUGAUACAAACUCCAAUCAUCUGUUCGCAGUGAAUCCCUGCGAUGCGGAUGUUCGACGGAGGCUCUUGGAGAACUCCGACAUCUUUUCCUCCCCGAACUUCCACUCACAGCGCGGAUCUCGUCCUGUUGUGACUGAGCGCAGCUUUCUACAUCUGGGGGGUGCUGUAUUUGAGAUUUACUCCACAUUGGUGGAUGGAGAUGGCUUCUCAGUCUUUGAAGCGAGCACAGAAGAUAAUAUGGUCCUCAUUAAGGUGGACAGCUGCUCCACCCCCUGGGAUUUUUACCAGUUUGGUCGCUUAAGGAGUUCCUCCGCUGGAAUUGGGCUUCCUCUGAUCAGCUGCUUCCUGUUUGACGACGGCUGUAUAAGCGUCUACACCCCGCCGCAGGGCCACACGUUCACGAAGCUGACCAAGUCGGCUCCAGACGAGCUCCUGGUGGGAUAUCAAGCCAUCGGCCUGUUGCAGCUACUGUUGCAGUUGCACUCCUGCAGGCUGCUGCAUGCGGCGCUGCGGCCCAACGUUCUCACCUGCUGUCACAUAGUGGAGCAGCAGCCGUGCUGCAUCUUCCCCACAGACUGGUCAACGUCGGUGGAUCUGGAGCUGCAGCAGAACAUCACAUCCGUCCAGCACCUCCCAUCUGCUCAACCCUACAUCCACGUGGGUCUCCUGGAACCCAGCGCCCCCCCUCACCUGGUUGACCUGGUGGGCGUGGCGGAAACGGUUCACCUCCUCCUGACCAACAGCCCCAUGGUUCUGGUGAAGGACGCUGACGGCUGGCAGGUGGAGCGCUUCAGUAGAGACCAACCCUGCGACAUCUGCACAACUAUGUGGAGGAGGUUUUUCCGAACGCUGCUGAACGCUGGCCGCCGCUCGCCGGCGUCCAUCCUGACGGAACUGAAGGAGCAGCUAGAGUCACUUUACCUUUGAGACGUUCAGCUUUUGGGCUGCGUUCAAAGACGCAUUAAGCUUCUACAAAAAGCUACAUUUCACUACUUCAUAAUAAAACUUUGAAUUAAUCAUUCAACUUUAAUGCUUUUAUUCUGAAAGCACCAGAUGGAACAAUGGACGAAACUAAAAGGAAGUCGAGGACAACU